UCCAAAAAUUUACACAUUUUUUUUUCCAUGCGAUCUUAUAAACUACGUAUAAACAAUAAAGGCAAAAGGUGGAAAAAGGGAGAAAGCAGUGCAUCUAAUCCGGCUACAACUAAAUUUCGUGAACAAGCUAAAAGGAAAUCAAUUUUAUUAAAUAAAAAAAAAAAUCCAGCUUUUACUAGGGAAAAUUUAAUAAAGCAUGAUGAAGGUUAUAUUGGAAAAAAAUUGCCCGAUAAAAAUGCUGAUAAUUUUACUAUCAAAACAAAUUUGACAACAUGGACAAAUUGCUCUAAUUUUACUUUUAACAAAAUAUUGGAAAGUAGUCUUAUCAACUCUCAAAUUCAUAGAGAAAUAUUGACAAUAUUAGCUACAGUUACUGAAGUUGUUCAAAAUGAAGGGGGAACUGAAUCUGAUUCAGAGUAUUUGGCGAUACUGAUGACAACCUUAAAUUCACUUAAUGAUCGUUUAUCUAUCAUAGCCACUUCUUAUUUGGUAAACACAGUGAUCAAAAGGGUUUCUCCGGCUCUCCUGGUGUUUAAAUUUUCGAGUUUUUGUACCAUUCUACUGAAAACUUUGAGCGAAUUUGACAAUGGCAAUAGUGAUGAUCAAAAUUUCCAAUCAUGCUCCCUCUUUUACAAUUCCAUAUUUGGGUCACUUUCCAUUUUAUUGAAAUCACAAUCAGGAGUUACAUUGUUGGAAUCAUAUACUCAAAAAGUAUUCAAUGUCCUGCUUCUUCACAGCUUAGAUGAGCGACCAAGAGUGAGAAAAUGUGCGCUUAAAUCCAUACUCAGGAUAUUUAUAGGUCCAACACAAGAACCAGAAACAAGUCACGUGAAAAGCGAAGUUUACCCACACCAACCUCUUAUGAUAAAUAUUUUGGAAUUUGUGGAAGCUAAAGCAAACGAGUGUACAAAAAAGUUUGUAUACACCGGAUCCGAUAAUGAUUAUAAAUGUAACAAGUCCUUGAUUUCUAUGACUAAUCAUAUUUUGUCACUUGGAAAGGAAGUUUUAUGCGUGGUGGCUAAAUACCACAAACUCCAAAAUAAUGAUUAUAAUGACAAUAAUAAAAAUGGCGGGUCCAUCUGUGUUGUUAGUGCGCUUAUUAAAAAAGUGUUUAAUCUAGCAUUUGCGAUGUAUAACGUGCCCUUGGUUCAAAAUAUGACACUAAAAUUGACCUGCUUAAACGUGAUAUCUCAACUUUUCGAAAACUCUUAUAUUAUCGAACAGUCUCCAGAAAGUUCGGAUAUAACCCUCUCUUCAAUAUUCCCUCUUUUUGACAAGGAGUUCAAUGCCAGAAUUCUCUCAGCCCUUUACGAAUUGUACCCGAAUAACCCUAAGGAUUCCGAUGAUAUUACCACUUCUAAAUCAACCUUCAGAUUAUUUAAAACACCCGAUGGCAAAGUACUAAUUACCUUAUGGAUCAAAUGCUUGAUUAAAGGGGUUAUAAGCCUAACUGCCAAGGACUCUAUUAUCGCGAAAAGUCAUUUUGCUCGUACUUUAACCAUAUCACUUCAUUACUUACAAACUUUUGGAACAAACGCUAAUAUUAAAGAUCAAAUUUCUACACUUCUAUGUCACUCCUUUUCCCUUAUCCUAAAACAAAACACUAAUUACUACCGUAAUCAAAAUGAAUCAUACGAAAUUCUUAGUUUGAAAAAUCUGGUCGAUAAUGCCGGACAAGGAAUCUCUAAAUUGAUUAAUAUUCAGAAUGGAGGUAUUGGAAAUAGCGAAAACAAAUUUAUUGAUGAUGUAGUUGAUUACGCAUUUGAUUUGAUCGCUGUUUAUUUCGAGACAACCUCUUCUUACGUCAAAUUCGCUUACCCAACAUCGACAUCUAUUUCCAUGCCUUUUUUUUCGACCCGAGAAUCUGCCGAUAAAUUUCCUUCCCAAAUCGCGAAUCCAAUCAAAGUUUUGGCACGUCUUAAAGACGAAAUCGACAAUACGGAUAAAAAUAAUAGUAAUUUGAGAUCAAAGAUAGAUAAAGCUUUAAUUGCUGCAAUCAAGUCAUACGGCCCUCAAAGAAUUUUAAACGUGAUCCCUCUAAACGUAGACCCAGAUGGUAUUCAUUUUGACCUGAGUCGAAGCUGGUUGAUUCCAAUGUUUAGAGAUGCUCUGCGGUUACCAAUAAUUACAGUUGAAAAGGAUAUAAAUACUUUGGACAAAUUGGAAAUUGGAUGGGACACUUUCACUCUUUUCCAGACAUAUUUUAUGCCUCUGAUUUCACGAUUAGGCGAAAAAGCAUCCGAGCAUGCAAUAAAUAAUAAUCGUGAUCUCAGUAAAAAAAUGAAGUAUCUAGCCGGUCAAAUCUGGACACUCUUACCCUCUUUUUCAUCUUGCGCUAAUAAGUCCGAUUUAAAACUUGACGCCUCUACUUUUUUCUAUAAUCUUAUAAAGACUCUUCCAUCCGAUAUUGAAGAAAUAAAUGUAAUUAUUUUAAAGUCGUUAAGAAACUUGAUCCUUAGAAAUCACAAUUUUGGAAUAAUCCGUUACGAUAUUAAUGAUGCAUUCUUUAAAUCCUUGAUUCCUGCCCUUUUCAAUCUGUAUAUAAGGUAUUCUAUAUCCACUACCAAUAAUCACAAACUCUCGACAGCCGAAACCUUGAAGGUUUGUUUAAGCUGUUGUCCGAAAAUAUAUAUCCAAGUUUUUUUGCAAAAAUUGCGCGAAAAAUUAAGAUUGGCCGUAACCGACGAAGAAACUUGUAAGAUUCCUUCAUGGUUAGAUAUAGCCUUCUUAUUAAUUCCUUAUCUUGAUGUUGAUCCUGAAAGUAACGAAAAAAAUACAAAUAUAGGAAAUGCAAACACGAUUGAAAAUAAUGGAGAUAUUAAACAGUCAUUGGAUUUUAUAUAUAAUUAUAUUUUGGAUAAAAUUCUAAGGAACAAUAACGAUGAAACCUAUUAUUGUAUAAUGAGGCGGGAUAUAAUUUUAGCUAAAACCAUUCAAAAGAAAGCUUACAAAGUUCUUCAUGCCCUCUUAUCCUUCCCAGUUUCAUCCCGACUUAUCAACAAGACCUCCCUUUACCAUUCCUUAACCCUGGCCCGUUCUUGCACAUACCCUCCCAGCCUACCUUAUAGAUUCUCAUGCUUUACUUCUUUAAUCUCUUUAAACCUUCAUACAACGGUGACUCUUUUAGAAGCCGUACGUGUAGUUUAUGGUUCUCAAGCUGCUAAACGUAACGCGCUUACCUAUAUAAGCACUUUUUUGAGUUUCGCCGUUUCUCCUUGGAACGCCGCCAAAAAGACGGACUUGGAUAAUGACAUCUUCGAGAAUGUUGGUGAUUUUUUGAAAAGAACUCUAGUUAGACCUCUCCAAACGUUUAUGUCUGAAAAGAACGACAAAAAUAGCGAGGCUGAUAAAAAUAAUAUGUUUGUAGAUAUGGAAGGUGAUGAAGACAUAUGUGAAAAUGAUGAUUGUGAGUGGGAGACUAAUAGUGAAGGUGAUGUGGAAAUAGAACAAGCAGAAGAAACUAGUGAAAUACAAUCGAUGGAUUCUAUCGCUACUUCAAAUAUCAAUAUUUUUGCAAUAAAAAAUGCACAAGAAGCAGUGGCUCGUAUAAUUACCCUCUCAUAUUUUUAUAAUAAAUCAGAUAACUUCGAAGAAAGCCAUAUGCGUUUAUCAGAAAGGAUGAAAUGUGAUAUACUAAACGCCGUUAUAAGCUUUUUAAGUUCUUCGCAUAAACUUAUAGUCAAACAUUCUUUAGAAUUCUUAUACACCUGCAUAAAACAUACGCCAAAAUCAUUGAUAUUAAAAUAUAGUGGAAUUAUCGUUUCCAAUUAUUCCAAGAUACCCAAAAAUUUCAAAAGAGUUUUCCACUUCAAACUUAAAUUGAUAAUGGUUAAACUUUUAAAAAAAACAGAUUCCGCCUUAUUAGCUACCUUCGUGCCUCUGGAGUUUAAACCAACGUUUGAAAAGAUUCGCAAAAUGGAGAAAAGAAGAGCGCACAAAUUAGCUGAAGUCCCGAAAGUCAAUGGAAUACUGAAAAAAUCUAAUAGUCAUAUAAAUGCCGAAAUUGAUGAAUUAAGUUACGAUCAACCUCGACAAAAAACUAGAAAUUGCCUAAGUAUCGAAGAAAAUAUGAUUGGCGAUAAAAUAUUUGAUUUACUUGACCCUGAUGAUGCUGAAAAUUAUAUCGUGCAUAGAAAUCAUAAGAAAUUGAAUGAAAUAAGCAGUUUGCCUAAGGAGGCGACUAAAGAAUUUCCUGUAUCGAAAGAUGGGAGGAUGAUCAUUGGUUUAAAAGACAUUAACAAAAAAAAUAAAGAUAUUAGCCAAUCAUGUAAAUCGCCAAAUGAAGACGAAAGUGAUAUAGAAAAGAUUGACGAGUCCGACAUGGUCGCAUCAAAGAGAAAUAUGAAAAGAAUUAAGUUUACCUCAAAUUCGCUUCAUUCGAAUAGCAAUAAUUUUUCAAAAAACAAAAGAAUUAAAAUACAACAAAAUAAAAAGAACGAUUUAAAAAUGCAACCUUAUUCGUAUUUACCUCUCGAUAGAAACUGUUUAAACAGAAGAAAACAAGCGAAAUCUGAGACUAAACUUAAGGGAAUCGUAGGAUCCGCUAAAAAAGGUGCCCUAGCCGGCAAAAAGUGCAAAAAUAGAAAAUUAAAAUUUUGAAUCCGAAGAAUAUGUUGUUUAUUAAAAUUUAUGAGAAUAAAAAUUUUGCAAAAUAUA